AUGGACGCCAAUAUUGCCGCUGCUGCCAGCAAGCAUCCUAAGCCUAUUGAUCGAGUUUUCCAGUAUGGAACCGCAGGCUUUCGCAUGAAGGCCAACCUUCUGGACUCGGUGGUCUUCCGUGUCGGCCUUGUAGCUGCAUUGCGCUCUCGAAAACUCGGCGGUCAGACAAUCGGUGUUAUGAUCACAGCGUCGCACAAUCCACCCGAGGACAAUGGCAUCAAGCUGGUAGACCCCAUGGGCGAGAUGCUGGAGAAUUCCUGGGAAGCCUACUCCACCGAGCUAGCCAAUGCCAAAGAUGAGGACGUGGUGACCGUGUAUCGAAGCUUAGAAGAGCGGCUGAAGAUCAACAAGGAUGAACAAGCCAGAGUCAUCUUCGCCCGAGAUACCAGACCGUCUGGCCCGAAACUGGUGACCGCGCUGGUGCAUGCUUUGGAAGCCACGGGAACCGAGUACACAGAUUACAAGCUCUUGACGACUCCCCAAUUGCAUUACUUGACGAGAUGUACCAACACCGAGGGUACACCGCAAUCAUACGGCGAGGUCAGUGAGAAGGGAUACUACGAGAAGCUAGCUCAAGCCUUUGCGCGAGCCAUGAAGGGGAAGAAGACGGUUGGCCCUGUAACCAUCGACUGUGCCAACGGAGUUGGGGGCCCAAAGUUAGCUGAGCUGCUGAAGUUCUUGCCAAAGGGCUCAACGGGCGGUGUGGAGAUUAAGAUUAUCAAUGACGAUGUCCUGAAGGCAGAAGUUCUCAAUCAUGAUUGCGGUGCAGAUUUUGUGAAGACGAAGCAGCGAGCCCCACCAUCAUCGAAGGCGGGUAACGAGCGUUGCUGCUCUCUGGAUGGCGACGCCGAUCGACUCAUUUACUACUUUAAUGAUCCCGAUCAUGGCUUCCGUCUCCUUGACGGCGACCGGAUUGCCACACUUGCGGCAUCGUUCAUCGGCGAUCUCGCCCGGGAAGCUGGACUUUCUCAGGAUCUCAAGAUUGGUGUUGUACAAACAGCAUAUGCGAAUGGAGCUAGUACAAAAUAUAUCGAGAAAACUCUCGGUCUACCAGUCGUCUGCACACCCACAGGAGUGAAAUGGCUGCAUCAUGCAGCGACAAAAUUUGAUGUGGGCGUCUACUUCGAAGCUAAUGGCCAUGGAACUGUCGUAUUUUCCCAGCAAGCAUUGAAGGCGUUCCAGACCAAGGUCCCCGAGUCACCAGCCCAAGCCAAUGCAUUGGAGACCCUCCGCGCCCUUACGGAACUCAUCAAUCAGACCGUUGGUGACGCGCUUUCAGAUAUGCUUCUUGUCGAGACGAUCUUGUCGCAUAAGGCCUGGACACCGAAGGAGUGGGACCUUACAUACACAGAUCUUCCGAACAGACUGGUGCGUGUUGAGGUCGGGGAUCGGAAUCUCUUCAAGACAACUGAUGCGGAGAGAAAAUUGGUCGAGCCCCAAGGAGUGCAGGCCCAGAUAGAUGCUCUAGUGGCCAAGUACAAGGAUGGAAGAUCGUUCGCGCGAGCAUCCGGAACAGAGGAUGCGGUGAGAGUGUAUGCAGAGGCUGCGACAAGGAGCGAGGCCGACGAUUUGGCUAGCAAAGUUGCCGCCGUUGUCAAGCAGGAGGGAGGCGUGAAGGCAUGA